AACACGUGUGCUGUUUUUGCUGUCUUUGAUUUGGUUGUGUUGUACUGUUGUUUAUCAUUUGAACAGAGUUUAGUGCAGUCAAAUUACACGGCAUUUGUCCAAAAUUGUGAGGAAGUUGUGAUGCAAUUGUGAAGAUGAACUUGCCUGUUGGUCCUUGUGUCUGAAAUGGGUAGGAAGUGUUUGUAAGGAUGAUAGCACAUAGCCAUUAGAGGAAGGGAGCGAAGACUGAAGAGAAGAGAACCCAUUGAGGAUUUUCAUCAAACAGCUUGUGGGUGUGGCUUUAAAUUGAGAAAUCAACGGUAACUUUUUCUCUAUCUUCCUUCUUUCUUCCCCUGGAGAAGCUCUUCCCAAUCAGCGACUGCGACUCGGAUUCAUGAGACUUUUCAGUUUCUGUACUGAUUUGAUGGAAUUGGAAUAAUGGGAAUGACGCAAUUUGCUGGAAGAGAGAAGCCAUGGAUGCUACUAUAAGAGCUUUAAUUUAUACCCUUUUGAAUUGGGGAAAUUAUAAUUGGGCCAUAUUUAUACCCUUAAACUACGGAUUUGUAUUUUUUAGCAAUUCUAAAAGUAACCCUUGUUCUCUCUCUCUCUCUCAUAAGGAGGUUGGAUUCUGAGAUUCUUAAUGCCAAAACCCUAGGAAGCAGUAUUGGGAGGCCAUGGAAACUCCGACGACCCCAAAUCAGCGGCUGAUGCCGCAGGAGAAUCGACCGGAGGAGCUGAUUCAAACCAUAACGACGAUUCUCACUUCCAGUAGAGCGCCGCUGAGCGCACUCGGCCCCUACGCCGCACACCUCUCCCCUUCCCUCAUUUGCUCUAUCUUCUCCUCCAGGGUUCUGAAUUCUCGUCCCUCUGUUCUCCUCUCCUUCUUCAAAUGGGCUCAGAAACACGUUCCCGCCUUCUCCUCCCCGCCCAAUAAUUCUCUCACUUCGCUUCUUACUCUCUUGCCCUCUCUCUUCAGCCAUAAUAAGUUCUCCGAUGCCAAAUCCCUCCUUGUUUCCUUCAUUGCCUCUGAUCGCCAACACAACCUCCAUAGAUUGAUUCUCCAUCCCAGUCGCGGUCUUCCGAGGCCGUCCAAGGCUCUCAUGGAUACCUCCAUUGGCGCCUACGUGCAGAUGGGCAAGCCCCAUCUUGCUGCGCAGAUAUUCAAGAAGAUGAAGCGGCUCAAUUACCGGCUGAAUUUGCUUACGUGCAACACACUGCUGAAUUCCUUGGUAAGAUACCCUUCUUCGAAUUCGAUUCUGUUGUCUAGAGAGGUGUUCAAGGAUUCGAUUAAGCUUGGCGUGGUACCAAAUACUAAUAGCUUCAAUAUUUUGAUUUAUGGGUAUUGCUUGGAGAGUAGGUUUAAAGAUGCACUAGAUUUGGUGAAUAAAAUGGGUGAGUUUGGUUGUGUACCGGACAAUGUGAGUUAUAAUACCAUAUUGGAUGCAUUGUGCAAGAAGGGGCAGUUAUAUGAGGCGCGGGACUUGCUGUUGGAUAUGAAGAAUAAAGGGUUGCUACCAAAUAAGAAUACAUAUAAUAUUUUGGUUUCUGGGUAUUGCAAAUUGGGGUGGCUGAAGGAUGCAACAAAGGUGAUUGAACUAAUGACGCAGAAUAACUUAUUGCCUGAUGUUUGGACUUAUAAUAUGUUGAUUAGUGGGUUUGUUAAUGAUGGUAAGAUCGACGACGCUUUUAGGCUGAGAGAUGAGAUGGAGAAAAUGAAAAUGUUGCCUGAUGUGGUUACCUAUAACACACUGAUUGAUGGGUGCUUCGAGUGGCGAGGAAGUUCUGAGGCGAAUAACUUGAUUGAGGAAAUGGAUAAAAAAGGUGUGAAGUGUAAUGCAGUUACUUACAAUAUAAUGCUGAAAUGGAUGUGCAAAGAAGGAAAUAUGAAUGAAGCAACUACCACUGUCCAGAAGAUGGAAGAAAAUGGAUUUUCCCCUGAUUGUGUUACGUACAAUACUCUGAUAAAUGCAUAUUGUAAAGUAGGGAAAAUGGGAGAAGCAUUUAGAGCGAUGGAUGAAAUGACCAGGAAAGGUUUGAAAAUUGAUACUUGCACCCUGAAUACAAUUCUUCACUCUCUUUGUGGGGAGAAAAAGCUUGAUGAGGCAUAUAAGUUGCUAUGCAGUGCUAGUAAGCGGGGCUAUAUUCUUGACGAGGUAAGUUAUGGUACUCUGAUUAUGGGUUACUUCAAAGAUGAAAAGGCAAACAGAGCCUUGAGUCUUUGGGAUGAAAUGAAGGAGAGGCAGAUUAUUCCAAGUAUUGUUACCUAUAACUCUGUAAUUGGAGGUCUAUGCCAAUCUAGGAAAACUGAUCAAGCUAUAGAUAAGCUGAAUGAACUUCUUGAGAGUGGAUUAGUCCCUGAUGAAACUACUUACAACAUAAUUAUUCAUGGCUAUUGUUGGGAAGGGAAUGUUGAAAAAGCAUUCCAAUUCCACAACAAAAUGAUUGAGAAUUUAUUCAAGCCAGAUGUCUUUACUUGUAAUAUUCUUCUUCGUGGGUUAUGUAGAGAGGGUAUGCUAGAGAAGGCUCUUAAGCUUUUCAAUACUUGGGUUUCAAAAGGAAAAGACAUUGAUGUAGUUACGUAUAAUACCUUAAUAUCUAGCCUGUGCAAAGCAGGGAAAUUUGAUAAUGCUUAUGAACUUCUCACGGAAAUGGAAGAGAAAAAAUUAGGACCGGACCAGUAUACUUACAAUGCAAUUCUUGGUGCUCUAACAGAUGCUGGAAGGAUUAAGGAAGCUGAAGAGUUUAUGUUGAAAAUGGUUGAAUCAGGAAUAUUGCACGAUCGGUCUUUAAAAUUGGACAAAGGGCAUAAUGUGCCAACCUCUGAAAUUUCAGAACACUCUGAUUCCAAGUCCAUGGAUUACUCGGAUCAGAUCAAUGAACUGUGUAAUCAACAGAAGUAUAAGGAUGCAAUGCACCUUUUUCAUGAAGUUACAAAACAAGGUGUUGUUUUAAACAAAUAUACUUAUCUAAAUUUGAUGGAAGGGCUUAUUAAGAGGCGAAAAGGCACAUCAAAGGCCAGCCGAUCAUAAUGAUAUAUUUAUGAAUUUUGUAAUGUCGAAUGGGCCAGCCUUUCUGUGGCUUCUACUUGAAUCUGGAGGGGUCUUCUGCUCAAGGAUGUAGGUCUCUCUCUCUCUUUCAUGCAGAAAAAGAUCUAUAUAUAAUCAUUGUCACCUGACUUAAUGGGUGAUGAAAUUUUGUAACUGUGAUGAGGAUUAGGCGUUCAUAUAUUUAGUGAAAUGUGCCUUGCUGCUACAAUGAUUCAUUGCAUAGGAAGGUGCAGCUUAGGUGUGAUGGAUCAUUUUUAUUUAUUCCACACUUCGAUUGAGGUUGAUAGCUAACUGAAAAUGAAAGUAGUUUCAGGAGAGAGGAUUUUAUGGGAAAAGGAAUUAGAUUGGUGAGUGAGUUUAAAGAUAAACUUUCUGGUUUUGAAAACACUCUGAACCCAACUCAUCACCAAUGGGCUAGCAGUAAUCAACAAUUCAGAACAAAAAGAUUUGAUGCUGAAUCCAGAAAUGUCCUGAAAAUUACUGUACGAAACCGUUGAGACUGGCUGGCUGCAGCCAAUUUCCUGGGAUGCAGAUUGCAGUUCUCAGCUUUCAAUCAGCAUGCAUCUUGAAGUAUAAGGGCUUCUCCCCUUCUCUUCUCUCUUUACUACCCAAUGAUAUCGAAAUUUAAACCAUUUAUCUCCAUGAACCUGAUGAAACCUGGCAGGUACUUGCUUUAUUAAGCAAGGGCUAGAAAGCUCAUCGAAAACCUUCCCAGAUAUAUAUCUUCAUAACAGAUACCUGCUGCAUCGACAUGUGGCAGCAGCCUCAGGCGGAAGGGCUCCACAGAGAAAUCCCUACCUUACAUCGAUUCAAGUGUUUGUUAUGCUUUUGAAGAGGGGAGAUGGAUAGCACCUUGGAACUUCAAUUGGUAAGUGACUAUGGAUCUAAUUUAGUUUACUUUGGCUUCUAGAAGUGAACUAUAAUUUUUCAUUUUCAGAAAAUGUACAAGACACGUGUAGAUUCUCGACUGCGGAGUAAAGAAUUGAGCUCUAAAAUUAUUGAUAAAACUUGACAACAUGGCAUAGGAUGCUAGAUAAAAAAUGAGACUAAUUUAUUUUUUAUUUUUUGAAGAAAAUGUACUUAAAAAUUUGUUGUUGUUGGUUUGUGAGUAGAGAGAAAGCGUGUGGGUGGGAGCCCCCAAAAGGCAAACAUAAGUCCAAAUAAGCAACGACGCGUGGACUUUUUUUCCAAUCUCUAUGCUCAAUUAUUUUAUGGAAGCCAGUUUGUAAAAUUAAUUAAUUAAUAAGUAGUAAAA